CGGGUGGAAGGGCCGUCCGGAGAGUUUGUCCGGAGCCGCGGCGCUGGGAGCAGGGGGCGUUCGGGUCCCACCGGAGUUGGCGGCGAAAAGCGAAACUUGGCGAGCAGUGGAGGAGCUCGGAGGCGGCUCCAGCACAGGUGCUGCCGCAGCGUCCGCGGAGCGGGGCCAGGGCGGGACUGAGCUGGCAGCGCCUUCCUGAGCCUCGGUGUCCCGCAGCGCCGGGACCAGCAGUGACCUCUCCUCAUGUCCCUUUCCGUGUGCCAUCACCGCGGGUGUGAAGCCGUUCCCGAGGCCGAUCUCCGAGAGGCUUUUUCAGCACUCCUGAUGUGUCGGGAGCAAGGGGCUGUUUGUUCCCAGCAGCGAGAUGCUGGCUGUGAGCUGGAGGAGAGUGAAUUCUGCUCUGUUCAUGGGGUUGUGAAGGAGCCCCUGCCUCUCCAGGAGGGACCAGCAGCCGGGCUUACACACUUGCCUGGGGCGCAAGAAGCCACUUGUCAUAAGCAGGGGGAUGCCACUUGUGAGUGUGCAGUGAGUGAAGAUGUGGAGAAUGGAUUCUGCACCAGCGAUGGGAGUGUGAGGGAGAUCCUGGGUCCCCAGGGCACAUCAGCAACCGACAAUGUACACAGAAGGAGCCACAGAAGAUUCCCAGGCAAGUGGUUCAGGAGCCAUCCCGUGGUCGUGUUGGUGCUGACUGUGCUCGUGUUCCUGGUGCUGGCUUUGCUGGUGGCCUUGGCUGUGCAGUCAGCGCCACAGGUUCCAGUUCCAGCUGCGACUCCCCUGUUGGUUCUGGGCUGUCCCUCUGGCUGGGUCGGGUACAAUGGGGUCUGCUACUACUUCUCAUGGGAUCACGGCACCUGGGAUCAGGGUCAGGAACGGUGCUCUGAGCUCGGGGCCUCCCUGGCCAUUGUCAAGGAUAUGCACAUGGAUUUGCUCUUCCGCCUCCGCGGGAACGUCGAUUUCUGGCUGGGGCUGCGCAGACGGGGCGAGCGCCUGCAGUGGGGGGACGGCAGCGACUUCAGCUCCUGGGUUCCUGUCCUUGGCGAUUCCGAGUGUGUGUACCUGGCUGACAAUGAAUUCAGGAGUGAGAGCUGCUCAAAUCAGCAGCCGUAUCUCUGCAGCAAGGCCCAAGCUCCCCUGUAACAGGGAGUGGAGAAAGGACCUUCCCCAUGCUGGGCAGUCACAGCUUCACCUCUUAGCCCAGCACAGGGCUGUCCUUCCUCAGCUGCACCCUGUGCCUUGCACUUACUCUCAGGGUCACCCCAGUGCCCAUUCAUCCCCACUGCCAAACGCUGGGCUGGGUGUUCCAAGGAAAAGUCUCUGCAAUGCAUCCUGCCAGCGAUGCUCCCUGGAGUGAGUGGAUUGCCCUUAUUACACAACAAGUUCAAAUGGGAUACCAUCACAAACUGGCCUGAAGGUGAGACUUUUGGACUGUUCUUGGAAGAGGAACAAGAAAAGCUGACACGUGCUGAGAAGGAAUCCCACCUUUGGCUUCAGGCACCUGACUGUCAAGAAUGCUCUGAUGGAUCCUGCCUCCCUCUCUCUCAGCUUUGGAGGAGGAUGGUUGGAGGUGCUGCCUGGGGAAGGGAAUUUGCUGCCACCACCAUAAUCCGGCACAGAGCUGCUUCUGCCGUGGGGCUAACCUCUGCUGGUGAGAGCAGCCACUGAACUGGUGCUUUAUUAUCAUCUACCUCACUAAAAGGGGAUCCUAUCGCCAUGUAAAAAUGACCCUAUUGUAUUGGCUUUCACAUUUGGGUAUUAGUUUGUACAUAUUGUUAUUUAUUUUAAGUAUAGUGCUAUUUAUGAUCCCUUUUUAGCUGUUUACUAAUGUAACCUAAUUUCUCAUUUUAAGUAUGCACUGCAUAGGUCAUAGAUACAGUAGUGUGAUGAAUAUAUUAUGUUGAGGUACAUCUCUUAUAGCUUAUAGAAGUAAUAGUGUGAUAAAUGUAUUGUACUAUGAGCCUUAGGAAAAUACAAAGCGUUACAAUACUUCUGUGUAACCUAGAAAACUGUAUAAAUCAAUAAAAUUGUUUCCCCAUCUUC